AUGGACGUCAUCGAGAUUGACAUCGAUCUGAAUCCGGAUGCGAGCCAUAAGUUCGAUAAUACAGACAGCAGUCUUGUGCUAGAUAGGAGUCAAGUGUUGGAUGAAGAUCCUGAGAUAAACAAGGGUUCCAACGCCGAGACACGCAUCAUCGAUGAAGACGGGGCAUCGGAGGGGACUGAAAGCUCAAAGCCAGAUGAGAUACUCGAUGCAAGGGGAGAGUGUCUUCCUGAAGUGGAUGGCAGAGGUGUCGCAACCGAGACUGUCGGGGAUGUCGAGACCGUCCGUGUCCCACGCAAGAAAUCGGAGUGGCUUUUAUCUUGGCUCAGAGAAGCUGCUGAGUGGGAGGGCGGCAGCUGGAAUUUCGAUCCGUCAGAAUGGCGCCAGCUGCGGGAGCGGCUUCUAUCAGCCAAGAUUAGGAAGCACCUCGGUGAAUAG